GCACUUUUUCCCCGCACUUUUUCCUUUUCCUUUCCCACUGUCCACGUCCCCAUUCCCGCUACCCUACGCCCCUGCGCGCACUGCGCCACCCAAAACCCAAUCCCGGCCCCCCGCCUCUUUAUUUUCAACGGCCCAGAUCACCGGCCCCUUCCCGCGCACGUUAGCCGCCACCACCGCCACGUUUUCGCCAGACUAGAAAAGGCUUAAUCCAAGGACGACACGGAUCAGACCAGAAGAAGAAAGAAUUUCCGUUUUCUUCGGCCCCCUCUGGUCGGGAGAAGGAGAAGACGUGUGCUAACGUGCGCUGGGGGUGAUCCGAAUCCGGCUGUUGAUUUUUUUCCCGUUUUUAGUUCUUGCCUCCGGAUCAAAAAAAGAAGAAGAAGAAGUUCUUGCCUCGAUUGGUUGUGAUUUCUUUUCUGAAACUUUCUACUUUUGGGGUAAAGAUAUCUUGCGCUGCCGGUGCGCAUGGUAUUAUCAAGCGCAACUUCACUUCUGCUGUCUUCUUGGCUGUUGAAAAAUUAGGUUUUUUGAAAUCUGUGUAUGGAUAUUUGUGUAUUUGACUGAAAUCUGUAUUCAGAACCCUAUUUUCCUCACCUCUCUCUCUCUCUCUCUCUCUCUCCUAUGGAGGUUAUCUAGUAUUCUAUGAAACUAAGCCUGUAGUCAAAGGCGGUGGUGUAUUUUUGAGGGGGUUUUGGGGAACUGUUGUGAGGUUUUUUGUUAUUGGUUUUAAUUUGAGAUGAUGGAGAGGGAUGGGAUUGUACCCGGAAAAGAUGGCGGAUUUAGCGGCGGGGCCGCCGCCGGUGGUGGUGAUGGUGGUGGUGGUAGGGGUGGGUUUGGUGGUAAGAACGGCGACGCGUUUAUCGAUCGCAGCAAGGUGAGGAUUUUACUUUGCGACAACAACCCGAAGAGCUCGGAGGAGGUUUUCACGCUCUUGUGCAAGUGCUCCUAUCAAGUAACUUUAGUGAGGUCAGCCAGACAGGUGAUAGAUGCACUGAAUGCUGAGGGGCGUGAGAUAGACAUCAUUUUGUCUGAAGUUGACCUUCCUAUGGCCAAAGGCUUGAAGAUGUUGAAAUACAUUAUGAGGGAUAAAGAGUUGCAACGCGUUCCUGUUAUCAUGAUGUCAGCGCAGGAUGAGGUUUCUGUUGUUGUCAAAUGUUUGAGACUUGGAGCAGCUGACUAUCUCGUGAAGCCUUUACGCACGAACGAACUGUUAAAUUUAUGGACUCACAUGUGGAGGAGAAGGAGAAUGCUUGGAUUGGCAGACAAGAACAUGUUAAACUAUGACUUUGAUCAGGUGCCAUCAGACCCUAGUGAUGCUAAUACGAACAGCACUACUCUGUUCUCAGAUGACACUGAUGAAAGGUCCCGGAAGAGCACAAAUCCAGAUAUAUGCGUUGCAACCCGCCAGGAAGAUGAGGUCAAUGUGAUACAGAGUCAAAUUACGUGUAAUGCUGCUACUGCUGCUGCUCCCUUAGAGCCUCCACCUAAGGAUUCACUUGAUUAUCGGCCUGAUGUGCCUGGAAUUAGUGACCACCAAACAGGACAAUUUGCAUCAGGUCCAAAGAAGAGUGAACUGAGAAUAGGCGAGUCUUCCGCCUUCUUCACUUAUGUUAAAUUAAGCAUGCCCAAAAGCUAUACUCAAGAGGUGGCCCCAGAUAGUGAAAAAGUUACUUGGGACUCCAGAAUAACAGAUAGCAAACUUUACCCAUGGGUUGGACAAGUGUGCAAUGAUACUCGAGGUUGUGAAAACGAAGAGGCACACGAGACCCAACCCCAAGGAGAUGACUUUCCAAGCAGUAGCAGUAUUCCUGAUUCUCUUUCUAUGGAGAGGUCCUCGACUCCUCCAGUAUUCACAGAAUUUCAACAGCAAAGAGACUCCAAAAUGGAAGAGUUCUCUCAGGUCCAGAUGCAUCCGGGCAAUGACUCUCAUCAAAGAGAUGUCUCAGGUUUUCAUCCUCAUCCUUAUCCGUAUUUUGUACCAGGCGUAAUGAAUCAAGUUAUGAUGUCACCGGCACAACUUUACCAAAAUAACCUCCAAGAUUUGCCAAACCAUGCCACAACUGCUAUGCUUCCUCAAUAUGGCCAUAUGCCCCAGUGCCCUCCUCAUAUGGCACCAUUCCCAUAUUACCCAUACGGCGUGUGCAUGCAACCGGGUCAAAUGCCCACUACCCACCCAUGGCCACCAUCAUAUGGAAGUUCAUCUGUCGCGGAAGUAAAAGUAGGUAAAGUUGAUAGGAGAGAGGUGGCCUUAAUGAAGUUUAGGCAGAAGAGGAAAGAACGUUGUUUCGACAAGAAGAUUAGGUAUGUUAACAGAAAACGGCUAGCCGAAAGAAGGCCUCGUGUACGUGGUCAGUUUGUGAGGAAGAAAAAUGGGAUAAAUGUGGAUCUUAAUGGACAACCUACUUCGGGUGAUUUUGACGACAAUGAAGAAGAGGAGUAUGAGGAAGAGCCUGAGGAUGAUGCUUCAAUAUGCUAAUUAUGAACACUAUUGAGAUUUUCCCUUCCCAGUGGUAAAGCUAUUGUUGACUCCCCCUGUGCUGUAAAAGUACUCCACAUUCUGCUAGCGAAGCCGUAGUUUUCUGGUGAUCUUGAUUUGAGAGAAUACUUUCCAUUUGAUCUUUGAACCGCACUGUGUUCUGUGGGAUUGGAAGCGUCUGCAUCAUGCGAUUUCCAAAUUACAAUCAGUCAACUCACUUCAUCGAGUACAAAGAUGGCACAAACUCACUUCACGUGAUACCCAGUGGAAUUUUGGAGCCAUGGAAUGACGAUUCUGAUCUGCAGAUGUGGAUUACCAGCCGGGUUAUGCUGAAUUUUCGAAAUGCUCUUCCCAGAGAAGGCAUGCUAUUUUGUAUCUGUGGUUUCAAAAGUCAAGAGGAUGAUACCGGAGGGAAAACUAUCAUGCCUGAAUAACAAUUCCUUCGAGUACAUGAGAUUUCCAGUUCUGUAAUAUUAGAUUAUGAGUACAUUUUGAUUUACCUCUUAAUCUAGUGAACAAAUUUGCCCUUUCUUUUCUUUUUAACAUAGGAACACUAAGCAAAUUUGUAAUUGAGAUAAAACAUUUCAAGGGAUUAAUCCUACCUUCCGCUUGAACCCUA